AUGUUCAGGAACGCCCUCCGCCAGUCCUCCCGCGCCGUCGGCGCCAUCUCUGCCACCGGCAGGGUCGCGGCAGCUCGAAAUGCCGCACCCGCAGCUAUCAACGCUGCCGCCAUCCAGACUCGAUCCUACGCCGCCGACGCAAAGGCCUCCCCGACCGAGGUUUCUUCCAUCCUCGAGCAGCGCAUCCGUGGUGUGCAGGAGGAGGCUGGCCUCGCCGAGACCGGUCGCGUUCUGUCUGUCGGUGAUGGUAUCGCCCGUGUUCACGGUAUGGCCAACGUCCAGGCCGAGGAGCUUGUCGAGUUCGCCUCUGGCGUCAAGGGCAUGUGCAUGAACCUCGAGGCCGGCCAGGUCGGUGUUGUGCUUUUCGGUUCCGAUCGUCUCGUCAAGGAGGGUGAGACCGUCAAGCGUACCGGCGAGAUUGUCGAUGUCCCCGUCGGCCCCGAGCUGCUCGGCCGUGUCGUCGACGCCCUCGGUAACCCCAUCGAUGGCAAGGGCCCCAUCAACGCCAAGGAGAAGCGCCGUGCCCAGCUCAAGGCUCCCGGCAUUCUGCCCCGUCAGUCCGUCAACCAGCCCGUGCAGACCGGUCUCAAGUCCGUCGACGCCAUGGUUCCCAUCGGCCGUGGUCAGCGUGAGUUGAUUAUCGGUGACCGUCAGACUGGUAAGACUGCCGUCGCUCUCGACGCCAUGCUUAACCAGAAGCGGUGGAACAACGGCAGCGACGAGACCAAGAAGCUGUACUGUGUCUACGUUGCCGUCGGCCAGAAGCGAUCCACCGUCGCUCAGCUCGUCAAGACCCUGGAGGAGAACGACGCCAUGAAGUACUCCAUUGUCGUCGCCGCCACUGCCUCCGAGGCCGCUCCUCUGCAGUACAUUGCUCCCUUCACUGGUGAACCAACCCAACUCACGCUAACCUCUUCUUUCUUGCACAAAGCCUCGAUUGGGGAGUGGUUCCGUGAUAAUGGAAAGCACUCUCUGGUGAUCUACGACGAUCUGUCCAAGCAGGCCGUUGCCUAUCGUCAGAUGUCUCUGCUGCUGCGUCGUCCCCCCGGACGUGAGGCUUACCCCGGUGAUGUCUUCUACCUGCACUCUCGUCUGCUCGAGCGUGCCGCCAAGAUGAACAAGACCCACGGUGGGGGUUCCAUGACUGCCCUGCCCGUCAUCGAGACCCAGGGCGGUGAUGUGUCCGCCUACAUUCCCACCAACGUCAUUUCCAUCACCGACGGCCAGAUCUUCCUGGAGGCUGAGCUGUUCUACAAGGGUAUCCGACCUGCCAUCAACGUCGGUCUGUCCGUCUCGCGUGUCGGUUCCGCCGCCCAGCUCAAGGCCAUGAAGCAGGUCGCUGGUUCUCUGAAGCUCUUCUUGGCCCAGUACCGUGAGGUCGCCGCCUUCGCCCAGUUCGGUUCCGAUCUGGAUGCCGCCACCAAGCAGACCCUGUCCCGUGGUGAGCGUUUGACCGAGCUUCUCAAGCAGAAGCAGUACUCGCCCAUGGCCGUCAACGAGAUGGUUCCCCUUAUCUUCGCCGGUGUCAACGGCUACCUGGACUCGGUCCCCGUCAGCAAGAUCCUCCAGUGGGAGGCUGACUUCCUGGCCCACCUCCGCACCAACGAGUCUGAGCUGAUCGCCACCAUUGAGAAGGAGGGCUCGCUCAGCAAGGAGCUCGAGCAGAAGCUGCGUGACGUCGUCCAGAGCUUCACCAAGAGCUUCACUGCUUAA